AUGAGCGGACGGAAUGCGAGCGAGAUGGAUGAAGACUUCGAGUUUGAAGCGGAUGCAAUGCGGGUUGAAGAAAACACACCUGCUGCCUUUGUUUAUGGAACACGAUCGUCGAGAGGACACACUGGUAGCUCAUUAGAUGACACUACCGUUGCUCCUACCGGAAAACAACAGAAAUCGUUUGACGAAAGGCUUGUUGACACCAAAUUUUUCAAUGCCUUUCCGGAUGACUUUGAUGAUACCAGCUAUGUGUGA